UUGCUCACAGGCAGCUAGCACGCUACACCUACGCGCCGAGAGAAGAGAUUGCCGUGCCCCUAGGCUGUUAGCACGCUACGCGCCAACGCAAAUACCUCGUUGUGCGCCUAGCCAAUUUACGUGCCAUGCGUCUAGCGUGCUAGCUUCUUAGGCGCCUUGGCAGCUACCACGCUAUGCGCCUAGGCUGCUACCACGCUGCGGGUGUAGGCUGUUAGCUCGCCACGCGCCUAGGCUGCUAGCUCUCCACGCGCCUAGGCAGCUAGCGCACCACGCGCCGAGUGAGGUAUCACCGUGAGCCUAGGCAGCUCGCACACUACGCGCCUAAGCAACUAGCUCACUGCCUGCCUAGCUUGCGCGCCAUGCGCAUAGGCAGCUAGCGUGCCACACGCCUACGCAGCUAGCUCAAUGCGUGCCUAGCUUGCACGCCAUGCGCCUAGGCAGCUAGCUUCAUGCGCCUAGGCGGCUAGCUUCCUACGCGCCUAGGCAGGUAGCGUGCCACACGCCUACGCAGCUAGCUCAAUGUGUGCCUAGUUUGCACGCCAUGCGUUUAGACAGCUAGCUUCACGCGCCUAGGCGGCUAGCUUCCUACGUGCCUAGGUAGCUAGCAUGCCACACGCCUACGCAACUAGCUCAAUGUGUGCUUAGCUUGCGCCAAUCACAUGCGACAAUGCAAUUUCAUAUGCAUGCGCAAUCUACUUCUGGAACAGUGCCGUUUCAGACGAAAAACAACAGGCCACAAUACUUAGUCGAUUUUUUAAGCUUUAUUUUUCAAGUUGGGCCUGCCUUUGCUAUUUUAGCCUGGGGCUUCCCCCCAGCCACCACAAUUCGUGCAUUCGCACAUUUUGACGAACGGGGUGAGGUUUUUCGCGGGUUUUCGUUUUGACGCGCUCAAAGUUAUCAAGUUUCAAUUUGACUAGUGACCCUAUUUCAAUUGAAGUUUUUGUCACAAUUUUUGUUGCACACAUGUCAAUGGCUACUGGGCAAGCGGCUUCGUUCGUCCGUUCGUCCGCUCGUUGGUGCUCUACUUUCCACUCACCCUUGGUUGCUUCUCCCUCGUCACUCUAGCAAAGGCCUACUAGCUUGUUGAAAUGAUGACUACGACGUGAAAUGCCAUUCUACAUUAGUUUUAACCCGUAUGAGUUGUCCUGUGAUACUAUAGGGUUUCCUAAAUGGGUCGUUCUGAAUGAAGGCAAGUUAGAGGGAGUUUUCUUGUAGAUUGCCCAUAGUAGUAUCCCCUUGGAUCUCUCUUAAUAUGUAUAGCGAAACAGGAGAUGACAAAUGGCCAUUCAUAUAACUGCUCUCUUUGAUAGGGUUGAACCGUUACGCUGCAGGCUGCUAUUUGAGUUGUUGUCGAUCUUCGGACCAAGACUCUCGGCGAGCUCAUUCGCGUGCGCAAGUUUUAUCUGACGCUUAUUCUUCGCAUUAGUUCUUGCUCAAUGGCUUCCCUCGCUGCUCCCUGCGCUUCCCUCGCGCUUACCCCUCGCGCAGUCCAGAGCAGCGCCGCACCGCAGAAGCUGCGGUCCUCAGUGCUCGGCCAACGCCUAGCCGUCACCGUCAAGAAGCACCUCGUCGCAGCCUGCCAGCGCAACGCCUCCCCUAGAGCCGCCGCCGACGACGCCGCUCUUUCCCUCUCAAAGGCCCUCCCUCCCGCCGCUCUCGCUUCCCUUAUCCUGUCGCUCUCCGCAUCCCCCGCCGCUUUCGCUGAGGAUGUCUCCGCUCCCUCGGUUCCCGUAUUCGGGACGGAGCUUCAGAUCGCUAAUCCUGCUGCUGCUCCCUCAGCCCUGGGGCAGUCGUCCCUCACUGCUCCCCCAGUGGCCACUGCCAACCGCCUAGAUCUGCCCGAGAGCACCACCUGGCGCUACAGCGAGUUCAUCAGUGCGGUGCAGAGCGGUAAGGUGGAGCGCGUGCGGUUCAGCAAGGACGGCGCGUUCCUGCAACUGACGGCGAUCGACGGCCGCCGUGCCACCGUCACGCUACCUAACGACCCGAGCCUCGUCGACAUCCUCGCCCAAAACGGCGUGGAUAUCUCGGUCGCGGAGAGCGAGGGGGGCAACAACUACAUCGGGCUCAUCGCGAAUCUCCUCUUCCCGCUCAUCGCCUUCGCGGGGCUCUUCUUCCUCUUCCGCCGCGCGCAGGGAGGCCCCGGCGGAGUCGGCGGGCCCGGCGGGCCCAUGGACUUCGGACGCGCCAAGUCUAAGUUCCAGGAGGUCCCCGAGACCGGCGUGACGUUCAAGGACGUCGCGGGCGCUGACCAGGCCAAACUGGAGCUGCAGGAGGUCGUAGACUUCCUCAAGAAUCCUGACAAGUACACCCAGCUGGGUGCCAAGAUCCCUAAGGGCUGCCUGCUCGUCGGCCCCCCCGGUACGGGCAAGACCCUCCUGGCGCGUGCGGUGGCGGGCGAGGCGGGAGUGCCCUUCUUCUCCUGCGCCGCCUCGGAGUUCGUCGAGCUCUUCGUCGGCGUCGGCGCCUCGCGCGUCCGCGACCUCUUCCAGAAGGCCAAGACCAAGGCGCCGUGCAUCGUGUUCAUUGAUGAGAUCGACGCCGUGGGCCGGCAGCGAGGCGCUGGGCUGGGCGGCGGCAACGACGAGCGCGAGCAAACGAUCAACCAGCUGCUGACGGAGAUGGACGGUUUCCAGGGCAACACUGGGGUCAUCGUCCUCGCCGCCACCAACCGCCCCGACGUCCUCGACUCCGCGCUCCUCCGCCCCGGCCGCUUCGACCGUCAGGUGACCGUCGACCGUCCUGACGUAGCUGGCCGCGUUUCGAUCCUCAAGGUGCACUCCCGCGGGAAGGUGCUCGCGAAGGACGUGGAUCUGGAUAAGGUGGCUCGCCGCACGCCCGGAUUCACUGGCGCCGACCUGCAGAACCUGAUGAACGAGGCGGCCAUCUUCGCCGCGCGGCGCAACCUCAAGGAGAUUUCCAUGGACGAGAUCUCGGACGCCCUGGAGAGGAUCAUCGCCGGGCCGGAGAAGAAGGGCGCCGUGGUUUCCCCUGAGAAGCGCCGCCUGGUGGCGUACCAUGAGGCGGGCCACGCAGUGGUAGGCGCGCUCAUGCCCGAGUACGACCCCGUGGCGAAAAUCUCCAUCAUCCCCCGCGGCGGCGCUGGCGGGCUCACCUUCUUCGCCCCGAGCGAAGAGCGCCUGGAGUCUGGGCUCUACUCCCGCUCUUACCUCGAGAACCAGAUGGCUGUGGCUCUGGGGGGGCGCAUUGCCGAGGAGCUGAUCUUCGGUUCGGAGAACGUGACGACGGGCGCGUCGAACGACUUCAUGCAGGUGUCCCGCGUGGCCCGCCAGAUGGUGGAGCGGUUCGGGUUCAGCAAGAAGAUCGGCCAGCUGGCUCUGGGGGGAGGUGGCGGGAACCCAUUCCUGGGCCAGCAGGUUACCAACGCUACGGAGUAUUCCAUGCAGACUGCGGACCUGAUUGAUUCUGAGGUGAGGGAGCUGGUGGACAGGGCGUAUGCGAGGGCUAAGACGCUGCUGACGGAGAACAUUGAUGUGAUGCACAAGCUGGCGGAGCUGCUCAUGGAGAAGGAGACGGUGGACGGGGAGGAGUUCAUGAGCCUCUUCAUCGACGGCGACGCCAAGCUCAUGCUCAACUAGGGGAAUGGUUGGGGAAUGGCUGGCUUGAUGUGAAUGUUUGGGCGUGGAAUUGUGUUGGUUUUUAGCGUCUUGGAACCUUGUAAAAACCUUCUUGAUUAUUUCUCUAGGUUUUAUUCUCGUUAUGGCAAGUUUUGUACCUCAUUAGUGAGACUGUUGAUUGGCAACCAUGGUUGGUACCGUAUAUGUACUGAGAGGGUGAAAACUGUGGGGAGACUACUGCUUAGAUACUUCUGGUAGACAAGUCAUCCUGCUCAUUUCUGCUGAUCCCAGCCUAGUGGAGAAUCUGGGAAAUGGAAGUUGUGAUGCAAAAGCUUGAAUGUGACACUUUUUGAACGU